AUGUAUAGAAGUGAAGAUCUACCAGUUGUAAUGAAAAGCCCCAAUUUACCACUUCACGAGCUUAUACUGAAGGUUGGGUGCGUAAUAAUGGUGAUUCGUAACAUAAAUCCUCCUGAGAUUUGUAACGUCACUAGAUGGAUCAUUGCGAACCUAAAGAAGAAUAUAAUUGUGAGGAAUAUCUUAGAAGGCGUAUGUGACGGUGAGAAAGUGAUCAUACCAAGAGUCACACUCAUAUCUACGGAUACACCAGUACACUUAAAAAGAAAUCAAUUUCCAGUUAAAAUGAGCUUUGCAGUGACUAUAAACAAGUCACAGGGACAGACGUUUGAUGGAAGUGGAUUAUUGAGAGGUGGAGCACGGAACAAUCCUAUUACUGAAAACGUCUUCAAACUAACAGAAGAAGAAGCAAUUGAGAUGAUUUUACUGGACUACGACACUGAAGAUUCACUGGAGAAACUUAAAGAUAACAUUUUGGAAACUCAAUAA